AUGUAUGAUAAGAAUCCAUUUGUACGAGCCGAGGUCAUUCGUUCUUUGUCCAUUUUCAGCAGAAUUAAUGACAGAAAUGAAGGUGAAAAUAGAUUUGAUUGCACUAAGUACAUCACUGACGCUUUGAAGGAUAUUUCACGUGAUGUACGCAUAGAGGCAGUUCAUUGUGUACCACUCUUUUCUGAAAACGAUAUUCAAACAUUCAUUUCAAUGAUUUUGAUGGAAAGUGAUAGCAAUGUUCGUCGCCUUGCUUUUAGUCGAAUUGCAUGCAGUUUGCAUGUACGUUCACUUACCGUUCAGCAGCGAAUGCAGCUACUCAAAACUGCGUUUACGAGCGACGAUGCAAUGUUACGGAAAAUAACUGAACGGAUGAUUAUGAACUGGGCCGGAAAUGACGCAGCUUUAAUGAUAUUUCUCAAAAAUUACCAGCGGGAAAUAGGAAGUGCACGAACCAGCGUAAUGUUAACGAAUCUGCGUGAGUUGUGUAAUGCAGCACAGGCUAAGUCAGUCGUAACGAGUAUGACACCAUGUGCUGAUUUCGUGAGCUAUAAUAUACUUGAUCGACGAAAUUAUGCCGAAAUGCGCCACAGUUCUAAUAACAAUCUGUAUGUGAUAGCCGGUCGUAUUUAUAUUUGGCGAAGUUUGUGUGAAUACUGUCAGUUGAAUGCUGUUGACGAAGCGGAUCGCUUUGAUUCUUUGCAUGCUUUGCUUCCAAAUAUGGUUGAUUUCGUCGACUUCGUUUACAGUAGUUUGGCUACAUGGACUGCCUCUGCAAAUUCAGUGCAAGGAGUUCUCGAGGAGUGCAUCAUCUUUCAGUUAUGCUUGUUGACACGGUCGUUUGAUCAAACGGAUCGAGUUGGAAUGAAAAAAUGGCAAAAUACGCUGGAAACAAUCAUCUCGACAAGAGAUUUGCCAAACUCGGAAAAAGUUCUGGAAUUUGCAGUGUAUGAAUUAUUUGAUUUAUUCUAUGCAAAGGAAAAGAACGUAGAGGAAUUUCUUGAAUGGUGCUGUUAUCGUAUAAAUAGUUUUUUCACACCUGAUCUGAAUGAAACUGAAGAACUUCCACUCGCCAGAGCUUUGCUGGCUAAGCUUGGCGUAGAAUACGCCAUGUCAUGUGGGUCAGUUAUAGAGAACGACAGCAGUUAUGAGCCAAAAAGUCACAACAUACAACGUGCUUUGCUGUUGCUCCGUGCUCUGAUGCGAAAUUCUUCUACUGCCAAAGUUACUACCUUUUUGCGAACUGCAUUUGAUCAAGUGGUAGACACGUACUGCACAACUCUGGAUCCAAUGAUUUGGACUUCGCUUUCUGAAGUAAUUGGUAUUGGUAUAACAAUUGAUGGACAGAUUGCCCGUGAACGAAUUCACGUGCUACGUUCUGCCAUUGAAGUUGAAGGAGCACCUAUACGUGUUAAGGCAUUGGCUCUUACGUCCAUAGCUGCAUGUGCGAUUUUGAGAAGUUAUACAACAACUGCUCAGCUGUAUUAUCCGGAAAUUGUAGACAAUUGUAUUGUGAAGGGGCAAAUGCUUUUACAAGUUUUUGAAGGAUUUAUAUUUAGUGAGGAUGCUGAACUCUCUUUUGCGGCGGUUGAAAGUAUUGGCAAAAUACUUUAUUAUAGAUGCCUUCGCUUCCCAUCUGCAUUGGCAGGCCUGCUUUUACGAUAUUUCGAUAGCUCAUGCCAACCAUAUCCAUACACUUUCCUGAAUUAUUUUUUCAGUUUCUAUCCCGCAUCGAGCAGAUCAGUAUCGGAAGGUUAUAAGUAA